GUGAGAAUUUAUUUCACCCAAUGAACGGCCAUGGCAGUCAGUUGAAGAAUUUUCAAGUUCAAUAGAAGAUUGCAUUUCUAGGGUUUAAAUCUCCGGCAAUGAUUUUUGCGAAUUUCGUCGACUAAUGACAGACAUGGCGGGAUUCAGCGUCCGAGCCUCAAUUCAGCUUCAACAUAGAGUUCUUUCAAUAUCCUGGGUGAAGAAAAGCGGCGUUUUUACUUGCUUGAAAGCCAGAGUGUAUAGCUCAUCAGGUCCUGUUAGGUACAUUCCAAAAAGGUCUUUAAAUGAUAAGAAAUCAAGAACACAUUCGGCACCGGAAAUUGUGAAUGAAAACGAUUUCAGUAGUGGGUUGGAUGUUAAUGCUCGGAGGAUUGAGGUUAAACAUAGGGAUGCAGUACGGAGAAGUAACGUUAAUGAUAAAUUGCAUGAUGAAAAUCAGUAUGAGAAGGAAAACUACUCAGCUGGUGGAAGUAUGCUAGAACUGGAAGAUGAAUUUGAUGACAAUUUGAGCCAUGUUGAUGAUCUCUUGCAAGAGCCUGAGGCAGUAGAUGAGGAGUUAAAUAUUUAUGACAAGAAAUGUUACGAUGGAAAUAAUGAUUUGCGGGGAAAUAAAACCAAGCAAGAUGCUGAGAAAUGUUAUGAUGGAAAUAAUGAUUUGCGGAGUAAUAAAAGCAAGCAAGAUGCUGAGAAAUUGGCAAUUGAAUUACUUGCAACAAGAGCCUUUACUGCAGUUGAGCUGAGGAAAAAAUUGCUUGGCAAGAGGAUCUCUCCGGACACAGUGGAAGUAGUGAUCAAUGAUUUCAAGAGCAGGGGGUUGAUCAACGAUGGUUUAUAUGCCGAAGCAUUUUCUCGUUCGAGGUGGUCUUCCUUCAGUUGGGGACCCAGGAAGAUCAAGCAGGCACUAGUAAAUAAGGGGAUAGGAGGGGAAGUUGCUCAGAAGGCAAUUAAACUGGUUUUUGAAGAUGGUGAAGAAUCAAGUGAUGGAAUGUCAAGUGUGGGAUUGUCAAAGGUUUCAAUGGAUCAUUUAUUUGUCCAAGCCUCGAAACAGUGGAUGCGAGUUCGGGAUGCACCGGAAGAGACUAGAAAAUCAAGAAUAAUUAGGUGGCUUCAAUACCGGGGUUUCGACUGGGGUGUUACUAGAACCAUUCUAAAGAAGUUAGAAACUGAGUACCCUCCUUAGAAUUUUAAUGAAAAAAAAUUCAAGGAUUUGGAGGCUUUUUGACCCUCAUCUGCUUGGGAAAGUAUGGAUUUUGGUUGCUUUUUAUGAUAGCAAAUCUGAUUUCAUUUUAUUUAUAUUAUCGUGUUUCCUUCCCC